CCUGCCCACCACCCCGUAGGCCCCGCCCCUGCGUCGCUGCCCACCCCGCGGCGCCCGAGUGCACUGAAGAUGGCGGCUGCUGUAGGAAGGUUGCUCCGAGUGUCGGUUGCCCGACAUGUGAGUGCCAUUCCUUGGGGCAUUUCUGCCACUGCAGCCCUCAGGCCUGCUGCAUGUGGAAGAACGAGCUUGACAAACUUACUGUGUUCUGGUUCCAGUCAAGCAAAAUUAUUCAGCACCAGUUCCUCAUACCAUGCACCUGCUGUCACCCAGCAUGCGCCCUAUUUUAAGGGUACAGCCGUUGUCAAUGGAGAGUUCAAAGACCUAAGCCUUGAUGACUUUAAGGGGAAAUACUUGGUGCUUUUCUUCUAUCCUUUGGAUUUCACCUUUGUGUGUCCUACAGAAAUUGUUGCUUUUAGUGACAAAGCUAACGAAUUUCACGACGUGAACUGUGAAGUUGUUGCAGUCUCAGUGGAUUCCCACUUUAGCCAUCUUGCCUGGAUAAAUACGCCAAGAAAGAAUGGUGGUUUGGGCCACAUGAACAUCGCACUCUUGUCAGAUUUAACUAAGCAGAUUUCCCGAGACUACGGUGUGCUGUUAGAAGGUCCUGGUCUUGCACUAAGAGGUCUCUUCAUAAUUGACCCCAAUGGAGUCAUCAAGCACUUGAGCGUCAAUGAUCUCCCAGUGGGCCGAAGCGUGGAAGAAACCCUCCGCUUGGUGAAGGCGUUCCAGUAUGUAGAAACCCAUGGAGAAGUCUGCCCAGCGGACUGGACACCGGAUUCUCCUACGAUCAAGCCAAAUCCAGCUGCUUCCAAAGAGUACUUCCAGAAGGUAAAUCAGUAGAUGCCCAUGUGUAUCUGCACUUUCUCACCCCAGAGAAGAACCACAGUUGAAACCUGCUUUUAUCAUUUUAAAGAUGGUUAUUUGUAGAAGGCAAGGAACCAAUUAUGCUUGUAUUCAUAAAUAUUACUCUAAAUGUUUUGUUUUUGUAAUUCUGGCUAAGACCUUUUAAACAUGAUAGUUGCUAGUACAAGGAAUCCUUUAUUGGUAACGUCUUGGUGGCUAGCUAGCUAGUUUCUACAGAACAUAAUUUGCCUAUAUAGAAAGCGAUUCUUAGAUCAUGUCUUCAGUGGAAGCAGUCUUCUGUCUUAGCCUUACUUGAAUCUUGCCUAUAACAAAGUAGAGCAACAUGCAUUGAAAGCGUCUGAUCAAGGGUCCUGAAAUUUUCAAUUUGAAUGUCUUUGUAUUAAACUGAAUUUUCUUUUAAGCUAACAAAGAUCACUAUUUUCAAUUAGCCGUCUAACUCUUGCAAUGAAUGUUUAUGUGAUUGAAGCAAAUGUGAAUCAUAUUAUUUUUAAAAGUGGCAGAGUGACUUAACUGAUUAUGCAUGAUCCCUCAUCCCUGAAAUUGAUAGUUUAUGUAGUCAUUCUACUUAUUUUAUUCACUAGCUAACUUUGUCUAUGUAUAUUUCUAGAUAUUGAUUAGUGUAAUUGAUUAUAAAGGAUAUUUAUUAACUUCAGGGAUUGCAUUUUGAAAUUACAAUUAUUUUCUUUGCUGAAGUAUUCAUUGUAAAACAUAAAAUAAACAUAUUUUAAAAUAUUUGCAUUUUACCACCA